ACAGAGAGGGAGGCAGAGCAGAUCCCGGCAUUAGCAUACUGACAGAGUUCCAGCACUGCAGAUCUUUCUGUCUUCAGCCACUCUCGCUUUCUAGUCUGCCGGUAAAAGACAGGAGGACGAGGAGAGCAGUGUGUAACAAGUCCCUGUGACAGAUGAGAAAAGAGGAUAUCUGCCUUUUCAGAAGCCACUUGCGGCCUGAGUGAGGAUCCCUCCCAUUUGUGAACCGGUGGGUGUGUGACAUCACCUCCCCACCAGCCCCCAUCCCUCCCUCCCUCCCUCCUUCCUCUUUAUGCGUCAGACCAAUCAGUGCCCAGGGAAAGACGGUCACGUGAGAAUCCCCCCCAGUCUCGGUUGCCAUGACAACGAGCAGUGGUCCAGGCAGCAUCUUGCUGUGGUGAGAAGAAAGGGGGGAGAAGGCGGGAGGAGACACGGGGAAAAAGGGAGGGAGGAAAACAGAAAGAGAACAAAUCCCAGCCAGAGGAAUACCUUGUGCCUGUCUUCCCUCUGUACAAAUGAAGAUGCCUGAGGCUGGAAGUUAGAGCCCUCCACCAGAGAGAGUGUGUUCCAGGGCUGGGGCUGGACCCAGAGACCCCUGCCUAGGGGGUGAAGGGCCCUCACAGCCCUGUGUGAGUCUGGACUAUGGGGGAUGGAGGCAUCGGUGCAACUGGAGGAGAUGGGGUGAAUAAGGCCCAUGUCCUGUUCGACAACUUCGUCCAGGGGACCACAUGCAAGGGGACGCUCAAGGCCUUCCAGGAGCUGUGUGACUACCUGGAAGUCAAGCCCGGCGAGUACAGGAUCUUCUAUCACAAGCUCAAGUCCAAACUCAACUACUGGAAGGCCAAGGCACUCUGGGCAAAGUUAGACAAGAGGGCCUGCCAGAAGGAGUACAAGAAGGGCCGUGUCUGUGCCAACUCAAAGUGUCUCAUCAUUGGUGCAGGACCAUGCGGCUUGCGUACAGCCAUCGAGCUGGCUUUCCUAGGGGCCAGAGUGGUGCUGCUGGAGAAGAGAGAUGCCUUCUCCAGGAACAAUGUGCUACACCUCUGGCCCUUCACCAUCCAGGACCUCAGGGGCCUUGGAGCCAAGAAGUUCUAUGGAAAGUUCUGUGCUGGUGCUAUUGAUCAUAUCAGUAUUCGUCAGCUUCAAUUGAUGCUGCUCAAAGUGGCUCUCCUGCUGGGCAUUGAGAUCCAUGUCAACGUAGAGUUCAAGGGUCUUAUUGAGCCCCCUGAAGAUCAAGAGACUGAAAGGAUAGGCUGGAGGGCUGAGGUCCACCCCAGGACGCACCCUGUCAACGAGCUGGAGUUUGAUGUCAUCAUUGGAGCAGAUGGAAGGAGAAACACGCUACCAGGGUUUCGGCGUAAGGAGUUCAGGGGCAAGCUUGCCAUUGCCAUCACUGCAAACUUCAUUAACAGGAACACGACAGCGGAGGCAAAGGUUGAGGAGAUCAGCGGCGUGGCCUUCAUCUUCAACCAGAAGUUCUUUCAAGACCUCAGAGAAGCAACAGGUAUUGACCUGGAAAACAUUGUCUACUACAAGGAUGACACGCACUACUUUGUGAUGACUGCCAAAAAACAGAGCCUGCUGGAGAAAGGAGUCAUUCUGAAUGACUAUGCAGACACAGAGAUGCUGCUGUCCAGGGCUAAUGUGGACCAGGCUGCCCUGCUGUCUUACGCCCGCGAGGCUGCUGAUUUCUCCACAAACCACCAGCUGCCCACGCUGGACUUUGCCAUCAACCACUACGGCCAGCCAGACGUAGCCAUGUUCGACUUCACCUGCAUGUACGCCUCAGAGAAUGCAGCCAUGGUGCGCCAACGCAACGGCCACAAGCUCCUGGUGGCACUCGUGGGCGAUAGCCUGUUGGAGCCCUUCUGGCCCAUGGGCACCGGCAUUGCCCGAGGUUUCCUGGCAGCAAUGGACUCAGGCUGGAUGGUGAGGAGCUGGGCUCAGGGAAAAACUCCUCUUGAGGUUCUGGCUGAGAGGGAGAGUAUAUACCGUCUCCUGCCUCAAACCACACCAGAGAACGUCAGUAAGAACUUCAGUCAGUACAGCGUGGAUCCAACCACACGUUACCCCAACAUUAGCCUUAACUUCCUCAAGCCCAGCCAGGUGAGGCACCUCUGCGACACAGGGGAAACCAGGGAAAUGCGCAUUGAAAUCGAAAAUGUGAUCAACUCGUCGACACCCAAGUUGGGCAGGAAUGACAACUGCCUGCUUGACAAGCAGUUGCAAGAAUCCAUAGCUCGAUCCAGUAAGCUGCUGAACUGGUGCCAGAGACAAACGGAGGGAUACAGGAAUGUCAACGUAACGGACCUUACAAUGUCCUGGAAGAGCGGUCUGGCCUUGUGCGCCCUCAUUGACCGCUACAGGCCGGACCUGAUUGACUUUGAUUCCCUGGAUGAACGAGACCACGAGAAGAACAACCAGUUGGGCUUCGACGUGGCGGAGAGGGAAUUUGGCAUCUCGCCCUGCAUGACUGGCAAGGAGAUGUCUUCUGUGGUAGAGCCAGACAAGCUCUCUAUGGUCAUGUACCUCAGCCAGUUCUAUGAGAUGUUUAAGGACACAGUGCCACCUGGAGACAACCACAACUUGAGUCCUGAGGAGAAGGCAGCGCUGAUAUCCAGCACCAAAUCUCCUAUAUCCUUCCUCAGCAAACUUGGUCAGAGCAUAGCAAUAUCCAGGAAACGAAAUCCGAAGGACAAAAAAGAGAAGGACGUGGACGGUUUGGGGAAGAGAAGGAAAACCAGCCAGUCUGAAGAUGAGGAGGUAUCCAGGAUCGGCCGUGACGACAGGCCGUCUGUCCCAGCCAUCCUGUCGGAGAGAAAAAUGGACUCCAGUGCUGCAGGGAACCACAACAAAGUCAAAGUCAUGGCCACCCAGCUGCUCGCCAAGUUCGAGGAGAACGCUCCGCAGCCUACGGGACUUAAACGACAGGGGGACUCUCUGCCCAAUCUGGACCAACUUUUGCCCCUUAGCCUGCCCCAGACCCCUGUGAAUGAGCCAGUGCACCUGGCACCUGUCCCAGCAUGGAGAAAGAGACGCACACAGCAGCAGGAGCAGCUGAGCAUUCGCUACAAAGAAAUGAUCAAGUGUCAGACGUUGCCCAACAGAGGGGAGCAGGCCAGAAGCGUUGCGGACCAACUGUCCACCUCGGGCUCUCGGAGCUGCCCAAAGAAAACCAUUCUGCUCCCUUCUUCCUCCUCCACUUCCUCGCUCUCUCUUCACUCAGAGCAUUUGCGUAGAAGUCCAGAGGAAGAGGAGCUCGAAUACUACGAGAUGCCUCUGACAUACGGGGAGUUGCGCAUGACAGACCCAAGACCCAUUCACAUACCUGGUAUACAGGAGAGGGCUGAACGCCUAAUCUCCAGAUUUAAAGGCAAAUCUGACAGGCCACCAAAGCCUAAGAAAAAGCCAUCCCGUUUCUUUUUAGAGCAGUGGCACUUGGCUCGCGGUCUAACUGAAGGUCCUGGUUCACCGCUGUCCUCCCCUGACUCCUCCAGAAAGGAGCCAGCAGGGCGUCUGCAGUCUGAUGAUGAAAUGCCCAUAUUUGUGCUUAGCAUUCAGGAGAGGGCUGAGCAGCUUGCCUCUCAGUUUGAGGGCAAGCCUCCUAAACCAGAGAACCUCCCUAAGAAACCCUCACGUUUUUUUAUGGAACAAUGGCACCUGGCCCGAGCCCAGUCUCCCCCUGGUUCUCCCCCCUCCACCUCCGACACCUUGAGACAGCGCUAUGUAAGGAUGUACACAGGCGGAGUUAGCUCAUUGGCUGAGCAGCUAGCCAGUCAGCUUCAGGAAGAACCUAAGCCCCUACCUGAAAAGAGGGAUUCGGGCUCUCUCCGAAAAGAGUUCCCUGUCAACAUUGGUGGCAGUGAUGUGUGCUUUUUCUGCCGAAAGCGCGUGUACGUGAUGGAGAGGCUGAGUGCAGAGGGGAAGUUUUUCCAUCGCAGCUGCUUCAAGUGUGACUACUGUGGCACAACGCUACGACUGUCCUCCUACGCCUUUGACGUGGAGGAUGGGAAAUUUUACUGCAAGCCCCACUACUGUUACCGUCUGUCUGGCUAUGCGCAGAGAAAGAGGCCUGCUCCCUCCCCCACUCCAAUCACUGCUAAGGAGAACCAGGCGCCCCAAACUCCUACAGCGACCGUGGAUGCACCGGGAAGGGCCAUGGCAGCGGCAGCCCCCUCGGCCGAGCUCCAGCCCUCAGUGCCAGAGGUCAACGGCCUGCAGGAGCCCAGCCUAGCUAAACGUCUGCGGGGAACUCCAGAGCGCAUCGAGUUGGAGAACUACCGUCUGUCCAUGCAGAGGGAGGAAGAGCUGGAGGAGGUGCCUGAGGAGACUCUGGCAGAACACAACCUCAGCAGCGUGCUCGACAAGGCUACGGACGCUGACCUGGGCUCCAGUAGCUCAGAGUCAGACAUGGAGGAGGAGGAUGAGCAGGAGGAUCAGGAUCAGGAUCAGGAGGAGGUGGAACAACAACCUCAUAGUCCCUCCGACCUCGGCGGGGUUCCCUGGAAGGAGGCGGUAGAGCUCCACGCCAAACUGCGGGGCGAGGAGGGGGAGGAGGGUGAGGCUCUGGCAGACGCAGUCAGCAGAGACGGGGAGAUAGAUGAAGACGAGGAGGAGGAGGAGGAGGAAGAGGAGGAAGAUGAGGAUGAAGACGAUGAGGAGUCGAGUGAUGAGGGGGAUUACUGUCCCUGGGAUAGAGAGCUCCAGUCAGGCCUUUGGCUGGAGAAGCACCUCACAGAUGAAGAGGAUGUUGGUACAUUUAAAGCCAGGAACCUGCAGAUCCAACAAGUCCUGCAGCCUGUGGAUCCCCAGACCAUUCCAGGUUUGGUGAGAACACACCUGGACUCUGAGGGAGACAAGGAGGGCCAUCCAGCCUUGGCCUCCCAACUCUCCCAACCCUCUGAGCUCAUGCAGCCCUCCUCCACAGCCCCUGCCCACACAUCCGCCCGACACGAAGCAGUGAGAGUCUGGUUGGAGUCCAUGUCUGGAGAGCUCUGUGAAGAUGAAGAUCUGGAAGCAGAAGCAGACAGUCCUGAUGUGGAGCCUGGUACAGAGAUGGAUCAGGACGACAUCCCUUCAGAUGCAGAAGCCGAGGCUCGGUUGCAUCAGCUGCAGCGUGCUGAAGUGCUUCCUGAGGAAGAAAAGGAAUCAGAAAGUCUGAGGAUGACCCCCAGUAUUGAGCCAUCCAGCACCAGCCCCGUGCAGAAAGAAGAUGUCGUUCUUUCCCCACUCAAACCCUCUCCUGAAGAGCCGGAAUCACAGAUAAAUCUGGCGAGGUCUCCGGGUGCCCGCUUUUUCUCAGAACCGUUCAUACCUGAGGAAAUAAAGCCACAGAGGUCAACUCCAUCUCCCUCUCCAGCCACCAAGAGCCCGCUGUCCCCUUCACCUGCUCCAGUCCAGGAACCUUCCUCUGUCCCUUCUCCGACACUUGCUGUUGAUGCUGCUGCUUCCCCUGUCAAUGUCCCUGCCUCAUCUCCCCUAACCUCAUUCACCAAAUCACCCAUCAGCUCUCCAGUUGAGCCAGCUGUCGAGCCACCCGUCAGAACCCCUGUCAAGGCACCUGUUAGCUCCCCAAUCCGCUCUCAGCCCACUCCACUGCCAGAGACUCGGACGCCAAUAUCUCCUGUCUACCCUCAUCGUUCUAUUUGCCCUCUCACGGGCAACCCCCUCUCCCCUAUCUGUGCUCAGCCUUUGCCCUGCCAGGAACCCUCAUCACCCCUCACCUCUGACUCUCCCGUCAGAACUCAGCCUGUCCCCGCAGUCACUUCAACGCCCAUGACCAAAACAGACAAAGGCACGCCUGAGCCCUCAGUGUCCAUAGAUUCUUCAGCAGAGGAAGAAUCAUCUAAAAAGACAGAUAUCAUUGAUGAAUUUUGGUUAAAGAGUGCUGAGAUCAGAAAGAGCCUUGGUUUGACUCCUUUGGACCGCAGUAGUAAAAUCAUAGAGAAGAGUGUUGUCACAGCUCCAGUGCAGGACUCCACCCCCAUCAAGACACAGACUCCAGAUGUACCGGAGGAACAGAAGCCUGCCUUCACUGGCCGCGCUGUCAUUCGCAGACUCAACAUCACCCUUGAGGGUCAGGUCAUCACACCCAUUGCUCCUGCAGAGCCCAAGAGUAAUGGCUCUGACAAGAGGGACCUCAGCAGCAGCUCUGGCCUGGGGUUAAACGGGAGCAUGGUCACGAGCCAGACGGCGAACAGUGACAGCUACAACACGUCUGACUCUACUAUGCUCACCCCGCCCUCCAGCCCACCACCACCCGUGCCUGCUAAUCAGUCUCCAGCCGUGCUCAGGCAGCAGAGACACCAGGUGUCCUGGAGCAACGGGACGGAAAAACCUCCACCUGAGCGUGCCAAACAGCCAGAGAAAACCAAGAGUCCCGUUCCUGCACCGAGGACCCAGCCGAGCCCUGUGUCUGCACCCAAACCUGCACCUAGGAAAAUUUCACCUCAGGCAGAACCAGAAACAGCUCCAAUGGUUGUCAUGAGGGAGAAGAAGCCACGACCGCAGGAGGUGAGGAAGUCGUUUGUGGAGACGGUGGAGGAGAUUCCGUUUGCAGAUGACGUGGAGGAGUCUUAUGAUGAGCGGACACCAGACGCGAGCAUGAACAGGUUCUAUACUCCACCCACCAGCAAGCCCAGCAAGGAGAGACCACCCCUGCAUCUGGCUCUGGCAAUGGAAAACGGUAAACCCAAUAUCCCUGUCAGCCAAGCCCUUAAGACCCAGAGGGCAACUCAGUUCUCCCCAGAGGCCAAGGAGAUCGCUGAGGAGAGAAUGAAGGCCAGAGAAAAGUCUGUAAAGAGCCAGGCUCUGAAAGAUGCCAUGGCCAAACAGCUAAACAAAAUGAAAGAAUCUGACAUAGACAAGGGUGCCUCACCUAAAGUGGCCUGGAGUGUCGCCCCAGAUGCUGCCGGAAAAAGUAAAAAGUCAGCCGUCUCUCCGAAGACAUCAGCUGUGAAGGCUCUGGAGUCAAAGAAGGCGGAGACAAUACCAGAGCGUUUCUUCAGCAGCAACAAAAGUCUGGACAGCUCAGUGGCUUCAUCGGAUGGCUCCUCGUCCAGCAAGAGCAAGAAACGAAGUUCCCUCUUCUCGCCGCGGAAGAAUAAGAAGGAGAAGAAAGCCAAGAACGACAGCAGCAGGCUCUCCGGCACAGAAGAGACACCGCCUAAACACAAGUCGCUGUGGAAGGCUGUCUUCUCAGGGUACAAGAAGGACAAAAAGAAGAAGGACGAUAAAUCAUGUCCAAGCACGCCAUCCUCGAGCUCCACCACUCAGGACUCUGGGAAGAAGAGAACGUCACCUCUUGGGAGAUCAUCAGACUUGAAAUCCCGCAGAAACUUGAGUUUCUCCGAGGACUCCGACCUGUCCUGCGAUGAUGUUCUGGAGAGAUCCUCCCAGAAGUCAAAAGCAGAUUCUGUUUAUGUCCCUCACGCACUGGCGUUCAAGAGAUCGUACGCCACAAAGAAAACCUACACAGAGGAGGAGCUGAAUGCCAAGCUGACACGGAGGGUCCAGAAAGCAGCACGACGACAAGCCAAGCAGGAGGAACUCAAGAGACUGCACAGAGCUCAGAUCAUCCAGAGACAGUUGGAGCAGGUGGAGGAAAAGCAGAGGCAGCUGGAGGAAAGGGGCGUAGCUGUGGAGAAAGCUUUGAGAGGAGAAGCAGGAUUGUAUAAAGGUACUUAUACAUUACCCAAACAGCACAAAAGAAGAUCAGACUAUUGGGGAGAUUCUAAUUACAGUGAAAUCCUGGACUUGCAUCUGGGCGUUGAGCCCUUUGUGGGGAUGCCACGCCGAAGACCUCUCUCCUUCUGCCCCUGCUGUUCCCCUGAAGGCAUGGGCAAGAAAGACGAUCCCAAGCUAAUGCAAGAGUGGUUCAAGCUGGUGCAGGAGAAAAAUGCCCUGGUCCGCUAUGAGUCAGAGCUCAUGAUAUUUGCCAGAGAGUUGGAGCUGGAGGACCGACAGAGCCGACUGCAGCAGGAACUCAGGGAGCGAAUGGCUGUUGAAGACCACCUCAAGACAGAAAAGGAGCUCGCUCAAGAGAAGCAGAUCCUGAAUGAGAUGUUGGAGGUGGUGGAGCAGCGUGACGCCCUGGUGGCCCUCCUGGAGGAGCAGAGGCUUCGGGAGAAGGAGGAGGACAAGGACCUGGAGGCCGUUAUGCUCUCCAAAGGCUUCAACCUCAACUGGGCUUAAAAGGAGUGAAACAAUUGCGAGUUGACUUUUGAUAGGUCAUCUUUGAUCAGAAUAGUCUGCUGAACACCCGCAGCAGUGAAUGUGUAAAGAUUCCCCCCACACACACACACACAAACACUACGACUGCCUCUGACAUUGAAGCGGUCCGCAACGUUUACAUAUCCUCUGCCCAAAGGCAGUCCCAGUUCAUCACUUUGCAGUUCUGCUUGCUCUGGCUCUCUGAGGGCGGAGAGGCGAGUACAUUUACAGCUUUAUUGUCCCAGCCUUGAAGUGGAUCCUCUCAAACAUAGGGGGGGACCUUUGGGAGAAUGUUUAAAGACUUGUUUUAUUCUCGAUUAUCUAAAGGGAAGAAUGCAGUUCGGUCCUGCUGAUGUAAAGGAAUUGUAAAGAAUCGUGUUUUUGUGUAUAGCUGUGUAGAACAAGUCACAUUUUUCAUCGGAUAAGGGCCCUCUCUUUUCCGAAAAGGACUGCUACAGAGGUGCGUUCAAAUGCUGAAUUGACGCCUCCAGCCUCAAUCUCAGAUUCUCCUCUUCAGUCUGACUGCAGGACGGACAUCCUCUGCUGAAGCUGCCUUUCUACCCAGUGACAAACUGACUUCCUUAGGAACCAUAAAGACACCAUAAAAGGCUCUUUUCUCUCUCCCCUCACAGAGUGUUUUAGUGAUUCAACACUAAGAAUCCAUUAAAUAUGGCCAUGUUUUUUUCUUUUAUGUAUUUAUUAUCUUUGUUUGCUUUUAACAGAUAAACAUUUUUUGUUAUGCAUUCACAGGAGAGUGCCCAGAAUCUCAUUAUCUUGCACUUGUGCAUGACUCAGAUGCACCCAUAAGCCAUUGCAUGUCAGGAAUGAAGGCUGCAGGCACAUAGAAGAACUUUACCUUGUCCUUGAUAGCUGGGACAUAGAAUACAGAGUUAUGUUAUACUGUAUAUGGAUAUUGAAGCAUUUCACAUGACUGGAUAAUGAUGGGCCUCUCCUUGACAUGCCAUCCACUGUAUAUCACACUGACAGUUCACGUUUACAAAUCCUGUCCAUAUUCGAGAUUGGAUGUUCAUGUUUCCUACUAUGGUAGUCAGUAGUGAGUUAAACCAACUGUUGAAAGGAUUCAUCUUUGAAGGAACUGUCUUUAAAUUCAGAUAAGUUUCCUACCGUGUGUGUCAACAUCGAGACGUUAUCAUUAAUGAAGCCGUUGUUUCACUGUUGUCAUUAGGAGAUUAGCGUAGCUCACUCAUUUUGUGCCACAGGACUGUCUCUGUUGGUGGACAUGCUGCAGUGUCUGAGGAGUACACCGCGAGGACUUACACACUACACACCACUCACAUCAGUAUAUGGCAGUGUUAUCACUUUACCCUUGAACAAGAUGCCUUUUUCAUUUUCAUUCUCUAUUAAGUUAUAUUUUAUUUUUCUGAGCUGACUUGUUUUUGAGGUAGUCACAUAUGUGUAUCCCACUGGAUCUCAAGAUUUUUACUUUUCUUUUUCAAACACUUUUCUACAGCAGGUCCCCAAACAACCACGCAGAUGAUUUUAAAUGGGGCGCUGAAGACAUGCAAAGUGCUUUAUGAGCAACUUGCAUCAAACGGGAACGUCGCGGUUUAUCUGGUGGGCAGUCAAAUCGAAUAGCCUUUUUGACGACUGUAAAAAAAAAUCCAGGUGGUCACUGUUUUACAGCACAGAAACACUAGAGGCUAUAUUUAUGACAUGGUAUGAGCUGUGAAUAAAAUGAAAAAAGUGACAUAAUUUUAAAGGUUGUUGUUUUAGAUGGCGUGUGAUAAGUUUGACAUGAUUGUAUUGAUAUUUAUUAACAUGUGUGCAAAACUGUAUUAUAUGUAAAGAAAAUGAAUCCUAAUUUUUAAACUGUUCCGUUGACACAUGACUUGUAAUGUAAAUGCUUCAUGUAGCUAAAAUGCAUAGGGGUGUUGGAUGUAUGCUGAAAACGGCAAUAAAACAAUGCAGUUGGUCUUGUAA